GGUAUGCUUAAGAGAUCAGCGUGACCCCUGUGCGACUCCCCUCUACAGAAUGCCGGCCUCUUCCAGCCUCUUCUGCCGGAGUCUCCAGGUGUUCGCUGUCCUACAAUGGCUCUUCCUCUUCUUGGGGCUGUCCCAGGUGUGCCUGGCUGUGCUGAUCCUCGCACUCCUAAGCCGGGCCUGGAUACUAGGGGUCCUCUACCUGGCCUGGCUCUAUGGAGACAGGGACACGCCACAGACAGGAGGUCGCAGAUCUGCCUGGGUCCGCAACUGGGCCAUCUGGAGACAUUUCCGGGACUACUUCCCCAUCACGCUGGUUAAAACCGCAGAGUUGGAUCCCUCCCACAACUAUCUCUUCGGCUUCCACCCUCAUGGCGUCCUGGUCAUCGGGGCCUUCAGCAACUUCUGCACAGAGGCCACCGGCUUCUCCCGCCUCUUCCCUGGCCUCUGCCCGCACCUGCUCAUGCUGCCCUGUUGGUUUCGCCUUCCUGUCUUCCGGGACUACAGCAUGCUUAGUGGUUUGGUGUCCUCAGCCAAGGCCAGCGCCGCCUAUCUGUUGUCCCGGCCUGGGGGCGGCCAGGUGGCCGUCCUGGCCGUGGGAGGGCCCCUGGAGGCGCUGGAGGCAAAGCCCGGAGCGCUGAGCUUGCGGAUCCGGAAUCAGAAGGGAUUUGUCAAGCUGGCGCUGGAGCACGGGGCCUCUCUGGUGCCUGUCUUCUCUUUUGGGGAGAACGAACUCUACCAGCAGUUCCCGAACCCACCGGGCUCGUGGGUGCGGAUGGCUCAGGAAGCGCUGCAGCCGCUGCUGAGGGUGUCCCUGCCGCUGUUCCACGGCCGCCUGGGCCUCCUGCCCUUUCGCAGGCCCAUCUACACCGUAGUGGGGGCCCCGAUCCCGGUGCGGCGGAGCCCGCGGCCCGGCCGGGCGCAGGUGGACGCGCUGCACGCGCUCUACGUGGAGCGGCUCACGCGGCUGUUCGAAGAGCACAAGGAGCGCUACGGCGUCCCGGCCGACCGGCACCUGGUCCUCACCUAGGCGCGCCGGCGCCUCCCACCCCUCCCGGCCCCCUAUGACUGUGGUUGGGGGUGAAAUUAAAGGCGGGAACAGCCUGGCGGUGUUUGUGUGUUUUGCCCAGAGGGGAGGUCUGCGCGCUCAACUCAGCCCUGUCCCACCCUCGCCUCCUCCCUGCUCGGCUCCACUCCCGAUCAGACAGUCUCAGUUGGGCUUCUGGGCCCCCCGGCUGCCGGGGCCCAGCCCUCCGGCUCUCCAGCGUCAUCUUAGUCUCCCACGGUAGUUGCCUCACCUCCCUCCCACAGCCUCUCGCUCCUCCCAGACCCGCCCUGCAAGCCAGCCCAGACUGACUGACUCAGGGAGCUCAAAGAUCAAUCCGAGAACAGCCUGGACACGUCCGACUCGAACCAUCUCCCCGUCCACACCCCCCCCCCCCCCACACACACACACAUACACACUCACACCGCCCCACCACACACGCAUUCCCGGAGGUCCAAAAGGCUCGGCCCCUCGGACUAGAAAGCCUUCCCAGGUACUUUUUCUCCUGGGGUCCUGGAGCCCUGCUGGCCCAGGGCUGCUCCUGGGAUAGGAGUCUCCACCAUCCUGCCGCCCUCUCCUGCA